CAGUCUUCUAUGAUCUUAUCAGCUUCACUGCUCUCGUAAACACUCAGCUAGAAGGAGUUUCCGACUUCUCAGAUUGCGAGGAAAGAUCUGCUUAUAUUGCUGCCCGUCGUAGCAACAGGGAGAGGGAGAGAAACAUGGCACGGACGCAAGAGCUAGCGGCCCGAAGACUGGAGCGAGUUCAAGCGCUGGAGGAACGUGAGGCACUCCUUGAAGGCAAGGUACGCCAGAAGCAUGGCCAGAUAGCCUUGUCAGAGAUCACAGAGGGUCAAAUGGACCUGAUGACAAGCACUGCUGUCGCGCUGCGAAGGGCCACGAAUCCACUGCAGCUGACGGCAAAAAUCCUCGCCAAUCACGGCCAAGAUCCCAGAUUUGCUUUUCUCAAGAGCGAUGAUACCUCCGGAGACGAUGACUGGACGCUGGAAAACGUGUGGACUAGGUUGCUCGAAGGCGAGCAUGUGACUUGGGCAGAUCUUGUCACGGAAAAGACCCGUAGAGAUCAUGCUCUUCACACCGGCAAGCAGCAGGAGGUGAAGAAGCAAAGGCUCGCGGGAUUGAUCUCUGGGGUGAGUGACAGCAGGGGCGGAUGGGUCCACUUGCUGACGCUGACGAUGGACCCGCUACAGUACGACUCCUCCGGUUCGGAUUCGGAUACGGCAGUGCCGGCUGAAUCCAAGGCCGAGGAAAACAGCUCGAUCCGACACACCGAACAGGCCGGUUUCCCUGCGAAUGAGAAGAGCAACAGCGCUCAGAAGACUCGUCAGGUUGACAUCCCGUCUGAUAGUCUAGACGCUUGCCUUGCGGCAGCGCCGACCCGACCUGAGACAGCAGCGGUGCGGUUGGACGGGUCAGCAGCGAGAAAAGUCUCGGAUCGCAUCAUGAGGGCAAGGGAAUGGGCCGCUCAACGACGCAAGAACACAGAGCAGAGCGCUGUCACAGAAUCCUCGGCGACUACCAGAGCACAAGGCAACGUGCGAGAUACUGCCCUGCCAGUCACCGCAACGGAGGCCUCGCCUCAUACAGAGAAGGGGGGGAGAUGUGUCGAGCCUGCUGGGACUGAUGGCAAUGCAGACGCGAACGUGAGAGGACGAGAGGGGCGAAGCGACCUCGGCGCACAGACUCAGGUAUCAGGUGCCGUUGCGGCUGACGACGACGUGCUAGACCUUAAUGCCGAGGAUGCUGCCGCUGCUGCGUCAAGGACGAUGGAUGAAUGGGAAGGCGAGAAAGUAUGCUUUACAAUUGGAUGAGUCACCUUGGCUGUAGCAUACGUUGAGGUCAUGACUGGUCUGCGUCUCUGAG